AUGACUACCCCUGAGAAUGCAUACCAGGAAAUCGCCCAGGUCUUCUCUUCCAGAGGGAACCACAUUAUGGAGAUUGAGAUGAUCUCCUCGGCUCUAGGGACCCCCUUUAUGCAGGAUGGAUUGUUUAUUGGAAUUACCAAGAAAAUGCUAGUUCAGGCCUACACAGUCGCACGAAAACUGUUCCAAGGCCUAGCGUCAGCUGGAGAUGACUUUCAUGUGGAAUUCGAAACGGACUCCAAUGGAUCAGAUCGAGUGAUUACGGAAGUCAUGCUGCUCUUUGAUUGUGAGCAUCUGUCGGCAUGUAAUUGGCGUAAACGUCGACUUCUGGCAGCUGUGACACAAUGCUCUAAGAAUGAGAAUCAGGAUCAGAUUGCCUUGACAAGACGGCUGUUGGAAACAGAGUUGACGCUCUUGACAACUUAUCAAUGCUCCCCACUGCACCGACAUACAAAAUCCCCGACAUUAUGGUCCCAUAGGUUGUGGGUUUUGCGGCAGAUGUUUUUCAUUCAGUCCUGGGACGCGGAAGCUUUGUUGAACCUGCUACGUGUGGAGCUAGAUGGGGUUCUGCGUGCCGCGGAAUUACAUCCUAAGAAUUACUACGCCUUUGGCUAUAUGCGUCAGCUUCAUGCCCUUGCGAAUACAGAGAUUGCGGGUCAACUGAGUUGGUCUGCCGAAUUGGCUAGGCCCUUAUUGGACCCAGUUCUUGACUGGUGUCUUGCUCAUCCAAGGGACAUCUCGGCCUGGACCUUCGGAAAGUAUUUGCUCGGCUGUAUUCCAGAGCAACAGAUUCGGACGGAUGCUGUUGGACGGGUGGUUUGCUUUGCGCGGGAUAUUGGAUGGGAAGGUGAGAGUCUGUGGACGUUCGUUGACCAGUCCAUCCGCCAAUUUGACCUGGAGAGUGUGCUCGAUGAGAUUCUCCCUGGUUCUAGCGUGGAACCGCCCACUCCGAAAUGGCCGUGGCGGGACCGGCUGACCAGGGCGCGAGAAUAUUGGGCUGUAUAUAGGAAACCAAUGUAG